GUGUCUAUACAUGAGUUUUCCUUGUGUCCCAGAGCUCUAGUUUUUUAGUUCCGUUGAGGUUCUACAUAGGGGGAUUGUGUGCAGUUCUUGCUAGGAAUGAAAAAAAGAAGUGUAGUGUUGGAGCGAGUUCUUAAAAAGAGAGCAUUGUUCAUUAAAUGUAAAGGUUGCAAGUGUUUUAAUCUCUAGUACCCCCCUCAAAAAGAAAAAGAAAAGAAAAGAAAGUAGGAAAGAAAAGGAAUCGAAAAAGAGGUAAUAAAACGGGGUAAAUAAAAUAGAGAGUGCCACAAAAACUAAAGUGUAUGCUCUAGGAGGGGUUUCUUAGCACUCAAGCCAUUGAGACCCCCACAUUGUUUUAGAACUCCUUCACUACCAAAUUGAAAUGUGAUAGCAAGAGUAGACCGAGGAAGAGCGCUUAAAUGUAGUUCAUGAUGGGUGAUAGUUUGGAAGCGAGAAGUAAGGCCUAGUGGCCAUUGUUGUAGAAAAGGUUCUUAGUCGGUCCCAUAGAACUUUCAGGUUUAGAUUGAAAGAUGUAGAACCUCGUGUUGUAUUUGACACCAUCCAAAAGGCCUUUUCCCCAUGUCCAAGACAAUUGCCAGUUAUUUGAACCCAUUUCUAAGACCUCCGGACAAGCUAGUGAUGAUAACCAUCCAGUGAAUUCUAGGCUUUAGAGGCUACCGUCGUGGUAUUGAGACGAUAGGGUCGAGUGUUGAUGAAUGUGUACAUCUUUUGCACCAAAUGGUCCUGACCCCACUGGUCAAGAGAGUGAGUGAUUCAUUAUUGUUUUGCAUGUCAUAUCAUAUCCCGGUGAGGACCUUUGUUGCCCUUUCAUUUGUUUGUCGGACAUGAAUAUUAUGCAUGGUUAGUUGUAGUUGGUAAGUGAUCUUGUUUAGACUUGCAUUGAUCCAUGAACAAGGUGAGAACUUUUCGUUUGCUCGUUUUUGGUGGCCCCGAAUGUCGUUUGUGGUGGAUGUUAGUAUUGCUUGCAACGGUCCAUGUAUUAACUGCCAAUAGCCAUUGAGAAUUCCCAAUUGGUGCCCUUUGAGUUGUCCCCAAUGUAUUUUGUUAGGUUGAGAUAUUACCUUGUGUAAAAUGGUUUGCUUGGGGACAAGCAAACGUCUAAGUGUAGGGUAGUGAUUCGGGCCUAAUUGUACGCAUUUUAUCCCCGUUUCCCUUGGGCGUUUGUGGCAUUUUUGCUCCUAAAAGGAUGGUUUUGUGCUAAGUUUCUUGUGUUUCAGUGUGUUUCAGGAUCUAACAGGUGAAACCAGCCCUAGAGUCGAAAGUUGGAAGAAAAGGAGCAAAGACCAGGAAAAAUGAGUGAUUUUGGUCAUGUUCAUGGUUUCCCAUUGGAGUUCAAGGUCUCCUAAGGCCGUGAACUAGAACCAUAAACCGUGAACCAUGAAGCAUCCAAGGAGGUUUCAUAGGUUACUGACGCCGAGUGAGUUCACGGUCACUAAGACCGUGAACUGGAGCUGUUAGCCGUGAACCCAAGUGAGUGAAGCAGUGCGUUUUGACGCAGCACGCCGAGUUCAUGGACGCGUUAAGGAGUUCUCGGUCGUGAACUGAGCCCAAUCCUAGUAUAAAAAUGUGGGCUGAAAGGAAGAGAGAAGGGGGAUUCCAAGGGUGAGAAAGUGUCUUCUUCUUCAGAUUUUAGAGAGAGAAAGAACGAACCAAAGAAGAAGGGAGGCUAGGGUUUGCUCCAAGUGGUGAAUUGGAAAGAAUCUCCCUAAGAGAAGAUCAACACAAGAUCCAAGGAGAGUGGAGGCAUCACCAUGAUGGUUUCUACUUCUUUCUCUUGUGUUCUUCCCCGUUCUAGCAUGGAGUAGUUUCCUUUUUCACUUGGGUGUUGUGAAACCCUAACUAUUUGCCAUGUAGUUGCUGUGUGAAUUGAAUGAUUGUUUAUGGGUGUUGUUUAAUUUAAUGAUUGAGGUAUUUUUCAUGAUGAUUGUGCAUGUUUGUACUUGGCAAUCCAAAUGGCCAUUCUAACCUAGGUUAGAGGGAAAACCCCCCUUUCCAAAGUGGCUAAAUUGAGUUGGGAUUUCUUGGGGUUAUCAAGCCACCUACCUAGGUUAAUGUAGGGCAAACCUAUAUCUUGAAUUAAAGUCCUAGGUUAAUCGUAAUUAAGCCGUCCAACCAUUGAUUUGAGGGAGAGAGUUAGUCAACCCUCAAUAGCCUUAACCGAGAGGGCUACUUUAGUAGCCUAUAAUGUAUCCCUUGGUUUGGCAAUCGAGAGUGUGGUCUUCGACCAUAGUUGCACUUCCUAGCGGUUUGCGAUUGCCUCUCUGAUAGAACGUUAUUUACACAUGUUUUUACCCCUGUUCUUACACCGUUUGAGAUGUGAUUUCUCGUGUUUUAGGCCGAUUUCACGCUAGGUUGUGCUUGUUUGUCAUAUUUCAGGUCCUAGUACGUGAAUGAAGGCUUAGGAGCGAGUCUGGGGUCGAUUGGACGAAGAACGGACGAAUGGCGAGGUUUUUGGGAGCUGCACGGGCAGACCAGAGGGGCUGCACGGCCGUGCACGGUUGCAAGCUGGCCGUGCGCCUCAUGCCGAGGAGCUGCACGGGCAAGCCCUGAAGAUUGCACGGCCGUGCACCUGGCCGUGCAAGAAGCCUGAGUUCAAUUAAGGGAUACGCUGCGUUUCAUGGUGCACGGCCAGAAUGGUGAGGUGCACGGCCGUGCACCCUGGCCGUGCAACUCGGGAAAACCCGGUUUUAAAGCCUAAUCCGAGCCAGAAGUGAAAAAAGAGUGUUUUCAGAGCAAAAACAGAGCCCUAAAGAGAGAAAGUACGAAGAACACAUCCUAGAAGCUGUCUUAGAGCUGGAUUUCAUCGAAUCGAGCCUGGAGAUCGUCAUAGGAGUGAAAAUCAUCGUCCCGGAGCAGAUUAUCCUCAUCGUUAUGAGUAUGACUAAUCCGAUUCUUGUUUUCUCUUCUCUCUCUAUGGAGUAGAACCCUUCUCUCACUUAGGGAUGAAGAACCCUAGUUCUAUGUGUUAGGGAUUGAUUGUAAUGACUUGGGAUGAUAUUACUGUUUGGUUUUAAUCGAUUGAGACAUGCUUUAUUGAGUCAAUUGAAUCUUGAUCAAAUUCUCUUGAUUUCUGCUUUAACCUAUGAUAGAUAGAAUCUGAUUAGGUUAAGAGAGCUUCCUUGAUUGAUAGUGGUGAAUUGGUUGUGCGAGAGUCAAUCAAUUUACUGCUUUGUACUGGAAUCUAAUUCCAGUAGUGAAUUUCUGUUCUUACUGCUUCAGCUUUCUAUCCCGGUGAAGACUAGUCGUCUGCCGGGUAGUUAGACUGAGAGGGCUUGGUCAGCUUAAGAGAUUCCAAGCUACUGCCGGAUCUUCCGCAGUCUAAUCAACAGUAAAUCAACCCAGGGUAAAUUGCAAUUGAAACCUAACUAAAGAGCUAGGGGGAUUCAUUCCCGAGUGACUCUUUCCUGCUUAAGAAAACCGAAUAAUUUCCUGCUUUAUUUCUGCUUUUAGUUUAAACAACAAUCACUUACUCCAGUUGGCUAGAUAACAGAGAAUCACUGAGUAAGCAGUAGAUCUAGAGCCCGGGUUGAUAAUAUAACUUGCCUGUUACUGCAUUCCCGGUCUGCGAUUACACUUGGUCGCAGAUUGGUGUUGUGUUUUGGCGUGUCAAGUUUUUGGCGCCGUUGCCGGGGACCCUCUAGGUUAUUGGGGAAACGUGAGAAUUUGUUACUCUAGCUUUUAUUUUCUGCUUUUUAUUUCUUCCACCUGUGUGCCUUCACGGGUUGUUUCUGCUGAUUGUGUGCAGGUAGUGCAUGACCCGUAGCCAGUCGGGAGAUCUACUACCACUAGACCAGGAGCUUGAACGAACCUGCAGAAACUUCAAGCGGGCUCUAAAGGCGCGACUGGCUGCGGAGGAGGCGCUAUCACAGCCGAGGUUAGAGGAGGAAGAAGAAGAGAUGGCUGAACCAGGGAACCAUGAUAUGAUCCCUGAGGAGCAAACCAUGGGAUCCUACUGGACCGCUAGAGCUGCGGACAUGAGGUCACCCAUUCAGCAUCCUCAUGUCCCAGCCAACAACUUUGAGGUGAGCACCUCCGUGAUCACCAUGCUGCGCGGUUCAGUAGUGUUCCGUGGUAAGGAGGGAGAGUGCCCUCGAUCACAUCUCAGGCGAUUCCACGAGCUCAUCGAUGGAAUCAAGAUCAAUGGGGUACCAGCAGAUGCCAUCCAGCUGAGGUACUUCCCAUUCACUCUGGAGGGGCAGGCCAAGGAGUGGCUAGACACUCGAUCUCCGGGCUCCAUCACCACGUUCGCCAACCUGGCGGACAAGUUCCUCACCCGCUACCAUCCUCCAUCCAAGACAGCUGACCUGCAGAAGCAAAUUACACAUUUUGCUCAGGAUGAGGAUGAGACCAUCAGGGAUGCAUGGGAGAGGUACAACAGUCUUUUCCUCAGGUGUCCCAAUCAUGGUUUCAACGAUGCGUUCAAGGUGGGCACCUUCUAUCACGCCCUCUUCCCGGAGGACAAGCAGCUGAUCGAUUCGGUUUGUGGCGGGAACAUGCUGACCAAAACCCCGCCACAGCUGAAUCAACUCUUUGAAGAGAUGGCGGAGAAUGGUUAUGAUUGGGGCACUGCCAGGAGAUCGAGGAGAGCACCAGGCCGGGGUGUGCAUGCUGUGGGCACCCAGUCAUCCGAUUUGGUGCAGGUAGUAUCGAAGCUGGUCUCAGCUAUCGAUCGUUCCGGGAUGAUUCCAGGGACCGGACAGCAGCAGGCGAUGCUCUGCCAGUGGUGCGAGAGCACCCAUCAUAUGGUGGAAGACUGCCAGGCGAUGAAGGAAUCGACCACGCCCCAGGAGCAGGUGAACUUCAUCAACAAUGUCAGGCGCAAUGACCCCUACAGCAACACGUACAAUGAGGGGUGGCGCCAGCAUCCUAACUUCUCCUGGACUGGGCCAAAUCCCAGACCACCAGCUCCACAGGGACCACCGGGCUUCCAGAGGCCACCAUAUCAGCCCAGACAGGGGCAAUUCCAGCAGCCAGGUGCAGCCCCUGCUGCCCCAGUGCAGAAUGAUCAGAUGGCUGAACUGCGGGACUUGGUGGGUUCUCUUGCCAGUGUUAGUGCUCAGAAAUUCAACACCUUUGAGCAAUUCAUGCAGAAGGCCUCGGGUCAACUUCUGGCUCUGGAAGCUGGUCAGAGGAAUACACGGGCUGUUUUGCAGGAUAUCCAGACCCAGCUGGGGAGCGUGGCCCAGGCAGUGGCUCAAAGGGCUCCUGGUACUCUACCAGGGCAGACCAUCCCUCACCCGCCGACCCCGAAUGAGCGCUGCAAUGCCAUCAUGACCAGGAGUGGCAAGAUGACUGUUGAUCCCCCUGCUCGGGAACCGGAGAAAGAAAGCCCUGUCUUAGCGGCUCCAGCGGUUGAACAGGAAGUAGAGAAGGAAGUUGAGGUGCCUGCACCUAAACCGCAACCAGUAGUGAAGGAGUAUGUCCCUAAACUCCCUUUCCCUACUCGGUUGCACAAAGACAGGCUGGAGGCAGAGUUCGAGAACUUCAUCGCCAUGCUUAAGAAGCUGAAUGUCCAAGUGCCCUUCCUGGAGGCACUAUCGCAAAUGCCCAAGUAUGCGAAGUUUCUGAAAGAGCUUCUCUCAAAGAAGCAGAAGCUGAGUGAGCUGGCCACGGUAGAGCUCAGCGAGGAAUGCUCGGCUAUUCUGCAAAACAAGCUUCCGCAGAAGAAGAAGGACCCAGGUAGUUUUACUAUCCCGUGCUCUAUUGAUAAAUUGCAUGUAGAGAAGUCCUUGGCGGAUUUAGGUGCUAGUAUCAAUGUUAUUCCAUAUAAAUUGUUCAUGAAACUAGGCCUAGGUGAACCCCGUGCUACUAGGAUGACCCUUCAAUUAGCUGACAGAUCUGUAGUGCAUCCUAGAGGUAUAGUGGAAGACCUUCUGGUUAAGGUUGGCAAAUUCACAUAUCCCGUGGAUUUUGUUAUCUUGGACAUCAGUGAGGACACAGAAGUGCCUCUUAUACUGGGAAGGCCUUUCCUGGCCACCGCCAAGGCUCUCAUAGAUGUGCAUGAUGGGACCUUAGUUUUGAGGGAUGGCGAGGAGCGAAUAACGUUUUCUGUUGCUGAUAAUAUACCGGCUUCGUCACCUCUGCAUGCUGUAUCUCACCAGGAGCACGAGUCUGUCGUGUAUCCUUCUGUGGUGCCUAUUUUGCAGGAACCGCCUCCCACACCUUCGCCGCCACUCCGGACCACUCCGUCACCCAAAGAACAGAUCAAGGAGGAGUGGCGGCCGAAACUGCCGGCAGCUAAGCCUGCUCGAAAGGAAGCCGGAGACCACUAUGAGCUGGUCCCGCCCCCUCCUUGGCCAUCCGAGUAUUCACUCGCUUGCAUCCUACCGGAUGGCCAAGUUGAGCUGGCGAAUGCAGGUGGCCACAUUCGUCGCGUGCAUGGCCACCAUUUGAAGCUGUACCUCAAGAGCGAUGUGGAUCCGCUCUUGAAGGCACCUGAUCCUACACUUCCCUGAGCAUCCAUACUGGCGUCCAGCUAAAAGACGGUAAAGAAGCGCUUGUGGGGAGGCAACCCCACCGAGGUUUGCAUUUUCUUACUCUUUUUCCUUUGAUUUUGUGUGUUUUUGAGUCUUGAGACGUUGAUCCAGAGUUACGUGUCGUUUUUGAGCGAAAACAGGUGAUUUCGGGACUCCAACAAGUCGCACGGCCAGGACCACAACUUGCACGGCCGUGCGGGCACCCCCCUUGGUCGUGCGAGCUCUCGGCCAAAAGCGCACGGCCAAAAGCGCUUAUUGCACGGCCGUGCGCCCGUCCUGGCCUGACCGUGCGUCUUGCACGGGCACCAUAAUGCCUCGCAUGGCCGUGCGGGUAUCCCCCCUUGGCCGUGCGAGCUCUCGGUAAGGAUGGCACGGCCAUAUGUGCCAGGUGCACGGUCGUGCGCCCCUCUUCGGCCAGGCCGUGUCGUCUGCACGGGCAAAAAACCAGCCUUGCACGG